AUGUCAGCAAGCAAUCAUCUGCCAAAAGUUACUUCUCCUACCGCCACCAUCACUUCGGAUCCCUAUGCUCCACAACAACAUCAGCAACAGAAUACGCGUGGAGGAGGUCAUGGCUAUGCCUCCUCUUUGUUGUCCUCUUCCUCCUCGAAUUUAUCACCACCUCAGCAAGAACCUCUCCAGACCAGUAUCACUCCUUCUUCUUUCUACAUUAUUGACGCCCGACCGAAACCAUCCAUCGCGUAUCCUUCUUUUUAUUCACAACUACUCACAACAUCAGCAGCAGCACGAUAUGCCUCACUUUCAACCUCAUCCUCAAACACGAAUUUGAGAGGAGGAGCUAACAUUAAUUUAUAUCAUCAAUUGUGGCAGAAUCAACCCACAUCACCCACAGGAGGGUCAUUGACACCACUCACCAUCAACACGAAUACAAAACAUGCCCAUUCGACUGCCUACUCACCAACAGUGGUGGCGUACCAUAGUACUAACGCUACGUCGACCACUACUACUCUAACGAAUGGCUCAGAGUCAUCAUCAACAACAGCGACCGCACUCUUUCAUCACCAUUUUCAUUCAAAUAAUUCCGUUCCUGUCCAAGUCAUCAACCAUAACAACCAUAACAACCAUAACAUUACAACGACUACCACAUCAACCAUCACCAUUCUCAAUCAACAGGUUGAAAAUUAUAAUGCUGCCAGUAGCAGCAGUGCAAAUUCUGGAUCGUCUCUUUAUAAUUGUGAAAAUGCGCCCUAUGACGAUGACUCUUUUCAGUCUCGACUUUUGAAUGCUGUUCCUCAGGGUCUCUUGCCUCAUUUUGAAAAGAUAUAUGUUCUUCCAAAUCAACAUCAAUCGCAACAGUCCAAUCAUGUGCCAACCACACCCUAUGGUACUCCUCUCGUAUCUACGAGUUCAGUAGCAGCUUCACAACAUCAACAUGGCAUGACAGCAAGUGUUGUCUCGAAAGCUUCAACCACUGAAAAUGUUGUCUCUGAACUUCCUCGUUAUCAUCACCAUCGGGGAGUACCACCACCAUCAUUUACAUCAAAUUCUUCAUUUCCUCUAAACUCCUUGAUGCAAACCCAAUCGGUACUUAGCUCAACAAUCAGCCAGUCUAUGGUCAAUAAUGGGAGCUCAGAUCUUGACCAUGCAGUGAACGGUCUUCAGUUGACAAGUUUUGGAAGUAGAAGCAGUGAAGAGGAUUUAUGUUCUCUCACAUCUCCAACCGAUAACAAUUCUUCAAUAGUGACAGGUAUCUCUUUGUAUGGUCACACCAUGCAAUCGUCAACAUCAGCUCUUGAACAAUUAGUAAUGAAAAAUACAUCAUCUAAUCAAUCAUUGAGUGGACUUGUAGGAAAUGAUUCUGAUACGGAUGCAACUUCUACUAAUUCUGUGAGGGUGACGAGUUCUCAAAAUUUACAUCCAUUCCGUAGCGGUGACACAACAAGUGUUGCUUCUCCUUCUCAAAUCACUUCGCCAUUCACUAAUAAUCAUUCAAGCGAUUUUAAAUCAUCAAAUGGCACGAUUGGAAAUGUAACCACAAAUAUUUCAAGCAACAACAACACAUACUUUUGUAACGUUUGGGAUGUAAAUGAAAAUUUAAUGUAUCGAAAGGCAACACCUCCUUUCCUUGCUGUAUCUGGAAGUCAGAGCCGAGUGGGUAACACGUUGAAUUUGUCUGGAUCUUUGGAUUUAAAUAUGGAGAACAAUGUCAAUUUUUCUUCAUUUAGUUACAAUACCCACCCCUCAGACUCGAAACAAACGUCACCUCCAAACCAUGGUCUUUCUGCUAUUGCUGGAAUGAAUACUCCUCAAAAAUCUUCACAUAACUCUGAUAUUUUAAAACAUGUUUCUGCCAUUCGUGAAUUGGAGGAUGAAAGAUCUAUGGAGGCCAUUAACUCAGAUUCUAGCCCUAUUCCACAAAGUUUCAUGGAAAUGUCAUCGUCUCGAUCUAGAAAUGGUUCUCUUGGAAAAACACUCAAGGGUUUUAUGGGCAUGAAAAAAAAGAAAUCUGAGAGCGAUCUUACCGCCUCGUCUGACCUGAACAAAAGCUCAGAAAAUUUGAAACAAAGUCUAAAGUUGGAUGUACCAAAAGUUGACAAGCAAGAGAGAAGGUUAAAAACUCUCUCUAUGCGAAUUACAGGGCUUUGGAGAAAUAGCCAAAAUGAUCUUACAGCUAAUAAUAAUGAUAAUUCUGGUCUUUCAGACACGAGUAGUAUCAAUUUAAGUAUGACGACAGCAAACGACAUAAAAGCAACAGAUCUUUAUGAUGAGAUUGAUAUCAAUACAGAAGAGAGAAAACUCGAAGAUAUCACAAAAGAGCAUUUGAAUGAGCAGUUAGUCACAUUUAUCAAUGAGUUAACAUAUUCAGUGAAUGGAAGCAAAAGACUUUCGGCAAAGUUUGGUAAUGCAAUAUUGAACAGUGCUCCAACUGUUGCCGACAUGUCUAUUAAGAAUGAAAUUUUGGAAGAGCGUUUACUCAUGCUUCUCAAAUCAUUCUAUGAAUACAAACCUAUGGACUUGGUUCUUUGUCAUAGGACUCUACAUGCUCUCGAGUAUCCUACAAAAAACAAAAUUAGCAUUAACCUAAGUUUUUCUGAUUUCUCGCUUGUAGGCGAGUCAUACAAGAAAGAGCUUUUUACUUUUUCUGUUGCUCUUUACGAUUGUAAAAGCGAAAAGAAGAUCACUGAAGAUUGGUGCUUUAACUUUUUAUCUGAGCUGCAAUUACAAGCAUUGCCAACAAGUGCUCAAGACAUAUUAAGAAUGAUGCCAAGUGCCACCAAAGAAAAAGUAUUUAACGUUAGCUAUCCUCAUGAUCAAAUAUAUUGUGUGGUGAUCAUUCGUAGAUUGGCUCCUCACACAACUGUUCAAGAAGCUGCAGAAGAGAUGGGAAGUAUUUCACAAAAGAAGUCAUCUUCACAAACAGAAUUAGAAGAAUCACGCAAGGCGUUGUAUCACUUUGAGCAGUCCUUCCUCUUGGGCUAUUGCAAAGUGUUCAGUACCAAGAGACCCCAUGGUCACGCCAAUAUUUCUAGCUCGUCUAGUGUUCUUGAUUUUGGUGAUGAUCCAAAAGUGGACUUGGCAUUCUCUUCCACGACAAUUGAAAAGUUUUACCCAAUUAUUGUAGACAGUAAUAUUGAAAAUUUCAAUAUCAUUACAUUGUUAAAGCAUUUAGACCCUCAGACAGCGACUCAUUCCAGUAUGCAAGCAUAUCAUAUUAGGGGGAAAAUGACCGUGGAAUGUAAAAUCAUACGUGACUGGAAAUCGCAAUCAUUCUCAAGAACGAGCGUGACCAGGCCAAGUUUUGUCGAUGAAUAUGAGAAUUCAAUUUAUUUGGAUGAAGAGGCAGACCCAUUACGCACAGAAUCACCUCACACGCGAAGAAGAUUCGUUAGAAAUACCAUUGUCGAUGAAGAUAUUGAAGAUGUGGUGGAAGAGAUUCCAUGGAUGAAAUCUAGAUAUCCACAUCUUGCUUUUAAGAACAUGCUAUUUUUGAAUUUAAAACUUGCAAGACUAUCCGGAUUGAAACAUUGUAAAAACGUCCUUAUUGAGGUGUCAGUGAGAGAUUGUGAUCAGACCACUCCAAGUCCUGAAGACUAUAUCCUGAACUCAAAUAGCAGUACAAAAAUGUUGAAGCGAUUUAUUGGAAAGUUUAGCAACAAGUUACAACGAUAUCAAUUUUCAAGUCUUUCUUGCAACACCAAAAAGAAUGUGCAUUUCAUUGACGAAAUUAAGAUUGAUCUACUUGGUUUGACUCCAGAGAAUAUUCACAAUGGGCAUCAUUUACUUUUCACAUUUUACAACAUUGACAUAGUAGACUUGAAGAAAAAAGGCCAGAAAAUUUUAGAAAUGGAUUUAAGAAGUGGCCACUUUGGUCAAGGUGUUCACAGAAAUAUUGUUGGAUAUAGCUUUUUACCUCUCUAUGCGAACAAUAGUGUCUAUGAGGGAGAUAAGGAACUCUUUGGAGAUAUUUUGUCUGGGUACAUGCCACUUCGACAAUCUGUUUCAAAUGAAACGAUACCAAUUUAUACAAAGCUACCCCCUGGAUACAUAUCAAUCAGUGAAAAGGAUUUGGAUUCUCUUAAACUUAGCGAAAAAGCCAAGCUCAGAAUCGAUGCUAACUUGGUGACCACCUUACAACCAACUGAUGAAAGAUUGCAACUCUUCUUCGCUGCUUACGACGCAUUUACCAAAAGUACCUCUUUGCAAAAGUCUUCCAUUUUAGAGUAUAUUGUUUAUCAUUUGCUCUUGAAAUUUAAUAUGAUUGACUUUAGCAUCAGCAUGCCUUUCAUGUACUUGCUAUUUGACAUUUUACUGGAAUUGUUGAAUUAUUCAUCCUCUGAACAGUUCACAAAAGAAAUUAACAUGAAAAAACUUCGAGUAGAUCUUCAAACCAAGUUAUUCGAGGCACUAUUGUUGAGCUUGAACAAAUUCCAUGAGUUUUGCGGUAACAGUACAAGAGGCAACCGAUUCUUCUCGAGUUAUAUCAAAUUUAUUUUCAAUUUUGAAUCUUUACAUUGUGAAUUGAUGAAAGUAUUUAUACAAUAUUUGACGUCCAAUAGAGAAGCUACCGAGGAAAAAACAUCCGACUCUUGCAGAUACUCUUGGUUUGUGUUUGACAUGGUGAUCAAAUCUCUCUUGAUUGCGCAAUCAAAGGGCAUUUCAAAUUAUUUAGAGAGUGACUUGCUAGUUCUAACGAAAAAUCUCAUCCAGGAGCUAUUUACGUGCAUGGAAAAGCUACUACUUUCUAACAACAACAGCAGUCACAAUCUUGCUAUUUAUUGUAAUAGAAAUAUCUCACUCUUUAUUAGAGAUCUCUUGCCAACGAUUGGAUAUGAGGCUGUGAAAGGCAUUUUUGAAUUUUAUUGCAGAAAAGUCACAACUGGCUUAUCAAAGGAAACAAGUUUGAGAUUACUCAGUGAAUCUCUUGCAAUUUUGGCAGAUUAUCAUGAAAUGUGGGAGCUUUCAACUACGAAUAUCUUCAUUAACAAGAUUAUUGCCUUGUUCUUUGAAUCUAUUGAGAUGAAGAACGAAAAGAUCAUGUACAAGAUUGGAAAGUAUUUGUUGGACAUCUUUUUGAAAUUAGAGUUUGAUGAAAGAUAUCAACCAAGAGAAAAUCGAGAACGUAUCACUUCCAUAAUUUUCACAAGUCUUGUAGACACCUUCUUCAAUAAGGGAGAAGAAUUGUUACUUAAACUCAAACAGUUCAAUGAGAUUAACGUUAUUUUGAGUACUCUUCUGUUAUGGACAAUGAGAAAUUACAACAGAGAUGCGCUCAUUCGAUGGUGGAGAGAUAAAACGUUGCACUGCUCUAAUGAAUUGAACGAUUUGAGCAUUGUUUUUUACAUGCUCAAGUUUAUGAAGAAUAUUGUAUUAGCGUUCAGAGGGGUUUCGAAAGAACACGAGCAACAAUCAAAGAAGAUUGAUUUUGUCAGCAAGUCCUAUCAAGUUGUCGUCUAUAUUUUGAAUGCUCUUUUUAUUGGAAAAGAUGGAUCCAUGAUGAACCUUUUAAUCUCUCUAUUUCAUGGAUUGUCUGACACAGCGGCCGAUGGGGAUUAUGUGGAUGCAUUGCUCUACAAACUUAUUCAGCUCAUUCGCCACAUUACAAUCCACUCAUUGUUAAGACACGAUGGUAACACUUGCUUUUUGGUUGUGAAAUCAUUAGUCACUGACUUGGUGACUCACUGCAAAAAAUUGAUCAGUGUGCAUGAGAUUGAGAAUGCUCGAGAUUUAUCUAUGAAAUUUUUGAAGAAGGAAAGCAAAUUUAGAAUACUCAUAGCUCUAUUGAUUUUCAUGGAGAAGUCACACAGUCUACUCAUUUUCUGCCCAGAUGCCAAUGAUUUGGAUCAUGAUCCUGAUGUUUUUAGAGCGCACUGUCUAAACUGUACAGAAAUACUAUUAACUGAAUACACAAAUGGUGAUGAUUCACAGACCAUUGUAUCUCACGAAGCAGAAGAAGAUGAAUAUAUUGUGGACCCCGAAACCUGUUGUCUCAAAGCAGCCACUUUGCAAGCAUCUAUUAACAAAAUUCUUGGUUACAAUCCUGCCAAUGACAAGGAACAUACUGAACAAUUUUCCCAAAUGUUCUACUUGACCUAUAAUUUAUUCAGCACUCCAGAAAAAAUUAUUGACAUUUUGAUUGCCAAAUACAGACAUUUGAAUCAAGAUAAGCAAGACAAGAAUGACUUAUUCACAAAAAUUAACCUCGAAAGGACUGCUGCGCGAUUAAUCAAGGAUGGAUUCUAUGCAUUCAAUAAUUUAAGUAUUGCCAAAAGUAUUAACUUUAUGAAAGAAAUUGAACACAUGUCCUCCAGUAGCACAUCAAGUAUUGCCAAGAUCCAAAAUGCUCUUGUACUCAAUAUGCUUUCCAUUCAGGCCUCUUCUGGAACUCGAUGUGGUAUUACUAGCCCAGGCCGUGACUCUUCAGCAUCUUCAGAGGAUAAAACUCUGAGAAUUCCAAAAGGAUUAACUUUGCAACAAGUAUCAACACCAGAAAUUCCCAUGUCAAAAUGGAAUCAUGACAAGGAUUUAUAUAUUCGAUUGGGAAUUUCCAAUCCUUUCAAGAUCCAAUUUGACAUUUUCUCAUGGCCUUCUGCAGAAUUAGCUCAUCAAUUGACCUUACUGGAAGCAAAAUUCUUUUUGAAAAUUAAGCCCUAUGAAUUUUAUUAUAUUGAAAGCAAAGAUAAGGAAAUUCGAGAAAAGUACAGCAGUAAUAUUUUGUUCAUGCAAGAACAUUUCAAAACUUUGCAGCAUUGGGCCAGCGAGACCGUUCUCAUUCAACCCAAUGAGAGAGAUCGAAAGAAGGUCUUUACCAAAAUUCUUUGCAUUGCUCAAUCUUGUUUUUACGCUGGUAAUUAUUUUGGAUUCAUGUCUAUUUUGGGAGGCUUAAGAAGUUCUUCUGUUUUUAGACUUAAAGAUCUCUAUGAAGACAAUAAGGAAGUACACAAACUAUUCCUCGAAUUGGAAGAAAGUCAGAAAAAAGUCAUCAACUCGAAAGAAGUGAAUCAGCUUUAUGACCGUCUCUCUGAAAAACAACAACCUUGCAUUCCCUAUUUAGGAAGUUUCCAAAGUCAAGUAUUUUUCACAAAGGAAGGAAACAAACCUCUUCUCGAACAUGCCAAACACAAAGAGGUCAUUAAUUAUAGAAUGAUGAGAAUUCUAAUGAAAACAUUGGGAAGAGUUUCUGAAUUGCAACAAUUAUGUCUCAAUUAUGAUUUCCAAGAAUUACCUUAUUUGCAAUUUGUUUUCACAGAAGAAUUGCCACGAUUGUUGAAAACAAAAACCGAUGAUGAAUUAUGGGACCUUUCAACAAAAAUCAAACCAUCCAAUAGACAAUAA